GAAUGAUAUGCUCGGUUUUCCUCGUUUGUAUAAUUGGACGCGCUUCAGGAUCUUUCGACUACAGUGGUAGGGCCACACUGGAAGAUGUUUUUUUUAACACAGAUGAAAGGAUCGCUGUAUUUCAAAGGAGCUAUUCUCGAACAAUUGAAGGACAUGACCCGGUGUGCAUCUACAAUACAAAAAUGUCUUUGACCAACACAACACUAUCGCUGCAGCAACAUUACUACCUUUACUACGACACCUAUACGCCGCCCAUUAAAGGAGAUGACACAAUAUACUGGCGUAUAAACGGCACUGGUUAUUUCGUAUAUAUGAACCUGUCAAAAGAGCCAGGUAUGGACGUUUCUCCAGUCCUCUUGGCAUGGAAAUAUCAAGAUGAAUCCAACACAAGGAAGUAUUAUUUUGACUAUUAUGACCCACUCGACAAAUGCGCAGUGAUAACGUUCUCGGAUGACCCAUUGGAUGAUCAGUUAGUGGAAUGGUGUUCUGUCGAUGUCUACGGACGCGAAGAAAUCCAGGAUCCGAGUUAUACACAGCGUCCUGUAGAAGCUACCGAAGCUCAAACGUACAAACUGCACCAUUUGCCAGCCGGCCACGUGUGAUCGGUUACUCCAUUGAAGUAUACUCCCGGGCUAUCGGUCGAGCCCGUAUACACACACCAUAUGUGCUUCUGGCCUAAAAUAAACAUAAUUUUCCGAGUAGGGAUAGCUGUACCGUUCAACUUUGGCACCAGUUUAAAUAAAAGUUUUCCUGCGAGCGCUA